AUGCAUCUCCCAGCCGAAAUUCUCGGGCAGAUAUUCAUGCACGUCGACACGCACGACGUCGACCAGAAAUUCCGUCUAUCGCAAGUCUGCUCGCAAUGGCGCAAGGCUGCGCUGAGGCAGCGCCAUAUGUGGAAUCGAAUGUCUAUUAUGACACCGGAGGAUGGCCAUCGUCUGCAACUCCUCCUGGAAAGGAGCGGGCCAAUAGCCCUUGACGUGAACUUGCUCUGGCAAUAUCGAUUCCAGGACCCAAUGCUCACUUCUCCCGAACGCGUCAUGGCUUCAACCAGCUUGGCGGGCUGUCGGGACCGCCUGCAGCGCCUCUUCAUCAAUGUCAACCGUAACCAACCCUAUGAUUUAUCCCCUCUACUUGCCGCAGGGCUGAGCUUCCCCGUCCUCGAGGAUCUCGAGAUCCAAAGUUCUUAUAGCCGACCUCAGGCUUUCCAGCUCUCACUCCUUGCACCACAACUGAGGCGUCUGCGGUUGUACGAAAUCAGCGCGAUGGAUUGGAGCCGGUCGCUUGCGCAAUCGCUAACACAUGUAUACCUGGAGAAGUGCUCCGGUGCGGAUCUAGACCUCCUCGAGACCGUCUUCAAGCAAUGUGCUCGAUUGCAAUCUCUGACCCUUCGAAAUUUGCCUUUCCCUGUGGGCUUCCGGGGCUUGGAAAUGCCUGCCGCACAGUUCGUACCUCGUCUCCGAGCUCUGGAUCUGAGCGCCGAUGUGACGGACCUUGUCACCAUUCUGCGUACCGGCUUCAGGGGUUUGCUUCUGGAUGAGUUGACAAUCGAGACGUACGAUGGCCACAUGGACGAUGAGACGACCGACCUCUUGGCCGAAGUGUUAAUGGGUAUGGACCCGCUGCACAGAUUGCAACGCGUGGACGACCAGGACAUCAUCCUGCAGGACGCCUCAGGGCGGAUGCGUCGCAUGCGUGUUUGGAAUGAAGAUUCAAGCUGGAUCUGGCCGGAGGUGUGGAUCGAGCUGGCCGACCGGCACAAGGCCUGCGACACGAUGAAGAAGUUCCACAUCCGCUCCUUCGACUGGAACGUCCUGGCGGGGGCAUUCAACGAGCGUGCGCCACUCGCAGAGGAUAUCGAAAUGCACGUCGAUCUCGUCUCCAAUGUGGUCGAUGAUCCUUAUGACUUCGAAUACGACGAUCUACCAGUGCCAGAACUGGAGAAAUUCUCAAUAGGCCUGCGCUACCUCAAAUGUCGGAACCUCGGCAAGAUCGUCUUCGCCGACCACGAGAACUAUGAGGGCAAUAGCGACAUCCAUAGCUCGCGUGCUCAACUCAUCCACAAGCUGCUCGAAGCUCUUGCUUGUGACUCAGCUGUCGUCGAGGUCUGCCUCUCGCAGGCGGGUCUCGAAAAACCCACCAAACAGCCAUACGAGCAAGUCCCCGUUGCGAUCCAAAAACUCUUGGACACCAAGGAUAGAUAUGUUCUUUGCCGACACUGCGCCACUGUGCUGCCUGCCAAGCAAAUGGCGGAUUUGGAGGCUGUCCUGUCGGAACGUCAACUGAAAGCGAUUGUGUGA